GACUGCACAGUCAUGAAAAUGUUGAUUUCAUAUGUAAUUUUCUUGUAAACUUGGGGGAUCUAACCCGUCGAAAUGCAACUUCGGUACAUGAAAACUCUUCUAAACCCGCAGGAUGGAGCCUGCAGGGUGACAGCAAUGGCAUGGUCACCAAACAACACCAAAAUGGCGGUAGUGACAAUGGAUAGAGUUGUUAUACUGUAUGAUGAACUUGGUGAGAGGAGAGACAAGUUUUCAACAAAGCCAGCAAAUGCACAGGCUGGAAAGAAGAGCUACAUUGUGAAAGGACUUGCCUUCUCUCCAGACUCUACCAAGAUUGCUGUGGGACAAACAGACAACAUUAUAUUUGUUUACAAAAUUGGAGAAGAAUGGGGUGAUAAAAAAGUCAUCUGCAACAAGUUUGUACAACAGAGUGCAGUCACAUGUUUGAUAUGGCCACCUGAGCAACAAAACAUUAUCUUUGGAUUAGCAGAUGGAAAGGUCCGUAGUGCAAACCUUAAGACCAACAAAUCAACAACACUCUAUGGGACUGACAACUAUGUUGUUUCUUUGGCUGCAAAUGUAUCAGGGAAAGGAAUUCUCUCUGGUCAUGUUGAUGGAGCCAUUGUCAGAUUCUUUUUUGAUGACGAGGGAACAGGCUUAUCCCAAGUACGUCAAACCUUAAUGAUAUCAAUUUUAUAUGCUUUAUUAAUAUUACUUUCAAGUUUUUCCAGUAGUGCAAAGGCAAAAGUCAGUUGCCUGUGGCACCUGGGCACUGUCAUUGUAAAGAACUUGUCAUCAGGCACCCGUGUUGUUCUCAAAUCACAUUAUGGAUAUGAGAUUGAUAAAGUGAGCAUCAUGGGUAAGGACAGAUUUCUUGUGGCAUACACAACAGACACUCUCCUUGUUGGGGACCUUACAUAUAACAAGCUUAGUGAGGUGUGUAUGCUUGAAGUAAAUAAUUCAUAACAAUGAAUAAAUAAUCUUUGCUACCAUAUG